AUGUCGUCGGUACAGGAACUAAGACUAAAAGGCAAUGAGAAAUUCACAAACUGCAACUAUCCAGGAGCCCUGAUCCACUACACCGAGUGCGUGAACCUCGAUCCAAACGCUUACGCCAUUUACUGCAAUAGGGCGGCGGCCUUGAUUAAACUUGAUUGCAUGAAAGAAGCAGAAGAGGAUCUGAUCAAGUCUCUUGAAAUUAACCCAGACUACGUCCCCAGCUUGUGCAGACUUGGGUUUCUAUAUUUGUACGAGGGAAACACUAUCAAAUCAUUGGAAAAUUAUGUUAGAGCAGUCCAAGUGUGCGCCAGAGAACCACACCAGCUGGACAAAUUCAAAGGACGGUUGAAAGAAGCAGUUCGUUUGGCAGAAGGCCGCGCAAAACAACAGGGAUAUCCACAAAGCUAUAUCGACAACAUCAUCCCCUCCACAGUGAGAGCAAUACUAGACAACUACAGAGGCUUGGCGAGCGAGGACGCCGGCCAGAGUACUGUGUCAAGUAAUGCUACAAACCAAUCCGGAGAGUCGUCCAUACCCCGUGGACGCAGUUUUGCGACGGCGAUCACGGGAACCCCGAUGUCGCUGGCCAGCUUUUUCGGCCAGGGUCCAAACCGCGCGGCGAACACCUCGAUCAGAGUCGAGACUGGGCAGCCGUCACGUGACGAGAAUCAAGCGGACAGAAUGGACGAGGAUCCAGAGGUGGAUAUUUCCGACGUGGAGACUACUCAUCGGCAAAUACACGAGAGAGUCCAAAACUUCAUGAGGCAGCAGCAGGGCCAGCCUCUGCAGCCGAUGGCGCUGGCACGGAGCCUUGCAUCCACCAUCACGUCGCAAUUCCAAAACGAGCCUCAAGGAGGAAAUCUGGCAGACCAGAUAGCUCGCGGAAUUUCGACUUUCAUGGGGCAGGCACAAAGCGAGUCACAGCAGUCCGAGCCAGCGCAAUCUUCAACGGGAGACAAUCUGCAUGAGAUGGGUGAGCUUCAAGAGGAUUUGGACUGA